UUUCUCACUCCCUUCUUCAGACGACUUGUCCUGUGUAUACGCUCUUUUUCCUUCAUUCUCUCCCGGUGCCUUCGUGUGCUGUACGUCUUCGUUCUCUUAAUUACGAGCAGGCCCUCGCCUUUUUGAAAAGCUUCUAUAUUGCCAGGUUCCGUUACGGUCAUUCAGGAAUACCUUUAACGACUCUUUCCACGGUAAAGAGGAUAUCAAUCUUACGUUUAAUUCCCCAAUUAAAACCAAAAAAUCGCAAUCAUGAAGUACGCUGCAGCGCUCUCGCUAGCCGUUGCGCCUCUGGCCAUCGCUAAGGCAGUUCACAAUGUCUACCCGCAACACAAGAGAACUAGCCACCUGCAAAAGGGUGAAGGUGCUAUUGAAGGUAUUGGUGGCAGCAUCGGUCAAUUAGUACAAGGAGUUUCGCUCGGAAGCGCCACGCAAGUUAUCGUGAUCUGGGCGAACCCUGGUAACAACGCUGCGACGACAACAUUGCACGAGCAGACCACGGUAACGCAGACCGUCACUGAAGGUGCUGCUGCCGCAACUAGCGCUGCCGCAGGGGCCGCAGCCACUCACACAGUCACCGUCGGUGGUGCCGCUGGUCUAGUCUUCACCCCCGACCAAAUAACAGCCAACGUUGGUGACAUGGUCAUCUUCGAAUUCAUGAGCGCCAACCACACCGCUACUCAAUCCACUUUCGGUACACCCUGCAAGAUCAUGGAGGGCGGUAUGGACUCCGGUUUCCAGCCGAACCCCAACAACACCGUCAGCCCCCCUCCCAAGGUUGCCAUGCAAGUCAUGACCACCGACCCCCUAUGGUUCUACUGCCGUCAAAUGGGUCACUGUGGAAAGGGUAUGACCUUCUCCAUCAACCCCACUGCUGAGAAGACCCAGGCUAUGUUCCAAGCCAUGGCUAUCCAACAGAACGGCCAAGGAGCCGGCAGCGCCAUCACUGGUAACGCUACUGAGACCAGUGCUUCGUCUGCCGUUGCUGCUGCGCCCGCCGCCACAUCCGGCAUCAACAUGGGAAGCGGUUCCGUCGAGAACGGUGCUUGUGUCUGCGCUGUCACUUGCGCCUCUGGCAGCUUCCCGGCCGUGGCAGCCCAGGGCAUCGGCGCCUUCGGUGGCAUUGCAGGUUUGUGAUAGGCCUCGUGUAUUAUAGAAUAUCAAACACAAUCUAACCUGUAGA